AUGGGCCAUCAAGUUCUAAAUGCGAUAGUGACACGCAUAAAAAUAUCAAAAUAUUAUUCUAUUUCUCUAGAUUCUACACCUGAUGAAGGUCACGUCGAUCAACUAACUGUAGUAUUUCGGUUCAUGGAAGGCUCUAAACCCGUUGAAAGAUUUUUAAAAUUUUUACCUAAUCAAGGACAUAAGGCACAAGAUAUGUUUAAUAGUAUAAUGAAAGUUUUGGAAAAUAAUGGUGUAGAAAUAAAUAAUUGCCGAGGUCAAUCAUAUGACAACGCGUCAGCUAUGAGUGGUAAAUACAAUGGUCUCCAAAGCAAAAUAAUUGCUGUAAACAAGUUAGCAACAUGGGUUCCAUGUGCAGCCCAUUCCUUAAAUUUAGUUGGCAAAGUUGCUGCUGAAUGUUGUUCAUCUGCUAUAUCUUUUUUUAAUUUUUUAGAAGCUAUAUAUACUUUUUUACUGCAUCAACACAUCGUUAUGAUGAAUUAA